GAAUCGGAUUCCAGCACUUGGAGGACUUAAACUUGAUAUCUUGUUGUUCAUCCAUGAUGUGAGCAACGGAUGUAUCCGUAGUAGCCAUGGUCACAUCAAGAACCUUGCCGGAGCCAGAUCAUCGGUCAGACGAAGAAGAUGAACAUGAGAGAAGAUCAAGGAGGAGACACAGAAGCAGGUCACUUUGGGACCGUCUUGGUGGCCGUUCUGCUAGCAGAAGCAGGGAGCCGGACAGGGGCGAUCGCCCGCAGUACAAUCAAGACAAUAGAGGGCGGCAGAGAAGCAGAGCUACAGACGAGAGCCGAAGCCGAAGCCGCCAUCUCUCGCGCUCUGUAGAGCCGGGAGAAACAAGACUGCGUAGGCAAUCAAGAGAGUCUACCCCCGCGGCUAAGGAGAAGGAGAUUGUGCAGGAUUCGGGUGCGAUCCUCAACUUGCUGGAGAAACACCUGGAUCCCAUGCUCCAUGAAGCUUCCAUCCGCAACAUCGUCUACUCUCCAGACACUUCCUCGUCGGCACCUGCUUCCCCUGUUUUCGUGCUUUCGUCUGUUGCAGGCAACCAGGCCCCGGAGAUGGUGGCGAAUCAGAGUGUGGCUGCUGAUUUCCUCAACAACCUCUCCACCCCGAUGCAGCAGCCUCUACUCAAGAUGCCGAAGACAAAGAAGCGUCGACCUUGCCUUAAUAAGCAGUACAAGAAACCGUUGUCCCCAGCUGCUAUGAAGACCAUUUCGGCCUUGGUGGAGAAAGGCGGCUGCAAGGCAAUUAGGCUGAACGGCAAGGGGAAGGGGAAGGUUGCGCAAGCGCCUGCAACAACUCAGACCUGAAGAACCAUAUGAAGCCUGAGCAGCAAGUAGAAGAACAUCCAUGGACAUGAAGAUGUGGUCCUUAGUUUUCUUUCCUUGUCAUCGCCACCCCCGAAGCAGCGACUUGUUAUCUACAAAAUCUCUGUGUUUCUGCCACCUCUUCUGGCUGUGUUUCAGAGUUUGUAGUAUGCAGUUCCCCACUCUUCAGUUAGCAGGGUCUCGGUCUUUUGUGAAACAGGCUUGCUGCCCCUUUUGCUUAUGUCACAGUUAAAUUGCUUCAUCCUCAAUUGGAAUGUAAGAGGCCUUAAUAGUCA